GAAGCCGCUGACCAAGAAUAAAUUUCGCCAUGUCUCUCAAAUUCAACGAGGCCAUUUCAAUUGUGGCUGAAAAACUAUUAGAAGCCCCAAAACCCAAGUUCCAGACAUAUUCCCAGGAUGCAUCCGAAAUAUCCGCUAAAAUGGAUCAAGAACUAAUCAAGAUUAAUUCUAUUUUCAAGGGGACAGUGAGCAACUGGGAAGAUACAAUUAAGUUCUACAAAGCCGAAUUGCCAAAAUUGAAUUUUCCCUUUCUUCGGCUUAAGGUGCCAUUUACAGUAGAACCCCAACGUGUACUUGUCUUCAGUAGUGACAGGGUUCAGCCGGUUAAUCUCAAGACAUCUGUAAACCAUCCAGCAGUUGAAAACGGAUAUCUAAACGGAGAAAAGCUGACUCAGCUUUUUAUCUGGGAUUUAAAUAGAGUGAUCGACAGAAUUUCAAAGAUCACUUGCAGCAGUGGAAAAAUCUACAAGCUCGUCGUCGCUAAUAUGAUUACGCCUGGCGGAGUACUUAUAAAUAUAUUAGCAAAGGAAAAUGCCUCAGAGCUCUAUCCUUCCAUUUGUUAUGAAUUUUUAAUUUCAUAUAUAUUUCCAAACCAAUCAUUUUGCUACACAUUUCCUUCAAAUUUCUUCAACCAAAUUUCUGCCGCUGGCGAAGUAGACCUUAAGAAGAUAGCGAAAGUGGUGAAUAUUGUUAAAGUAUUGCUACACACUUUUGUAAACCAAUAUUCAAAGAUAUCAACAUUCGGUCUGCAAAUGGUAUAUGAUUCUAUGAAUGCAAAACUUGGAAUUGAAAUUGUAUCCGAAUUGUUUGAGGCUAUACCACGUUGCAUUCCACAUCUACAAAACCCCGGACCCUUUAUAAGUGCUUACGGGAAGUUGUUGCAGAUGAAACAAUCUGACUCUGUGCAACUAUCGGAGCUAAAGGAAGUUUUUGGUUUGAAGUAAUGACACAAUUGGUGUUUGAUAAGCACUUUUGUAUAACAUAAGGUCCACGGAUUAAGUUUGUGAAGUUUAAUCGACUUGAAGGAGGUAUAUAUCCAUAUCGGAAAAUUCAUUCGUAUUUUGUUUUUUUUUUUUUUUUGAGCUAUCAAUAAUGUCGGUAAUAUGGUCUUGACACAAAACCUAUGAAUAAAAACCUGAUUUUUGUUUUCUUAUAUCAUGAAAAAUUAUGUUACUCUUCCAUACACUAAAUUUCAAUAAAAUAUUUAAAGAGCAGUUUUUAGUAACAUUA